UUUUCACAUACACCUUCCAUCGCGUUAUGUACAAGCAUCAUGCCAACAGCCAAAAAGAAAAGAAGUCAUUUGAGUCCUUUCUUUCUCUCAAUUCUUUGUCUUUCUUUUCUGCUACUGGAAUCUCGAUGACGACGAGGAUGGCGAAGCUAGCGUUAUGGAUGUGUGUGGUAGUGGUCGGGCUUGCUCUCCCGGCGGCGGCCUUGUUUCCGGCCGGCGGGAAUCCGUGGGAGGCGUUCAUGUAUCCGUAUCGGCCUGGCUACGGCAACGGAGGGAUGGGGCACAUGUAUCGGAAUCAGGCUACGCAGUCUGAGAUGCCGCAUCACUGCAGAGAGACUCCCAAAGCUUACAUCUACACCUUACAAAUUUCUGGUGUAAAGAAAGAGGAUGUGAAAGUCGAGGUUGGGGAAGGGUUUCUGAUAAUCAAAUGUGAGGAGAAGAAAUACGAGAAGGAAAAGGGUGAGCUCCACUGGUCGUAUGGACAGUUUUGGAAGCAAAUCCCACUCGCAGAAGAUGCUAAAGGAGACGACUUUCACUCAGAUAUAUCUGAUGGUAUCCUCACCAUUACUGUUCCUAGGCAUUCUCAUAGAAAAAUGCUUUAAAUGCUACCAGAUUAACAACUCACCACAGCAAUAAAGAUUGUAUGGCGUUGGACAUAAUAUACGAGCACGCUAGGGUGCUUUUGCUUUAUUAACUCCAUGUAAAUAAAUAAAUAAUUCGAUGUGGGGUCACAAAACAUCUACAGUUUUAAUUUAAAUGGUGGUGAUGAUGAUGUUGUGUA